CCCUGCUUAACUCACUGAUCAUCCCAUUGAGCAUACCCAAUGAUUCUGCCUUAACUCCCCGCAUCGUCACGUGAGGCUGGCAGGAUAAGGUCUGUAACAAUCACGUACCCGAAUAACCAACACCAUGUCCAACCCUCGAACUUCAGAAGAAACACGCAAACUAUUCGAAGCCAUGCGCAACAACAUUCUUGCAGUUUCAGAGCCAUCAGCAUGCAAACCACCUGGACCUCCGCUAUCGCCGGAGAAGUCAGCUAAAAUGCAUGAAUACCUCCGUGUCUUAAGGGCACGUCGUCGUCGUCAUCGCUCUUUAGUUUGGCGUACAUGGGAUAGUCUCUGUGACUGGGUAGGAACGAGGAAGUCUUUGUUUUGGGCCAUCAUCUUUUCAUAUUUUGUUCUUUUCUUGUUUUGUUUUUGGUAUUUUUUAGGUUGAGCAUGUGUGGAUCGUGCCCUUCAUGCCUUGGAUAUAAGGCAGCAGUAUUCUACCAAUCAGAUUGAUUAAAGUCUUGACACGGAAUAUAAGGCAGUAAGAUUCCUAG